AUGGCCAACCGCGUGCUGUCCGGCAAGCCCAAGCCGCCGCCUGACACGAUGACGCUCCUUGAGCUGGACCUCUGGAUUGCCGAGCAAAAGGUGAUCAUCUCGCAUCUGGGAACUGUGGAUGAGGAGAGGAAGGCGGCGCUGUUUCGCUCGUUCGACGAAGGCCGUGCCAGAAAGGCCGCUGCCGAAGAAGCCAAGCUGAAGACCGAGCACCUGAAGUUCAAGGCGGAGCUGCUCAACAAAUAUAUCAACGAGACGAAUCAGGAGCUGGUCGAUGUCUUUAUGGAGGUCGACACCGUUACGAAGGAACUGUUGGUCGAAAAGGAGAAGGCCAGCCAACUGGAGAAGGAUGCCGCCAGACUUCCGGCCGAGAUUGAACUCAAGAAGGUUCAAUUGACGCACUUGGAGCACAAGUUCGCUGAAUUGAAAGAAGAUAACGCCGCUUUCGAAGCCCAACUUCAGCAAGACCUGACGGUCGCCAAGGAACAGUUGGCACGAAUCAAAGCCAUCAUCGAUGCUGACGAGGGCGAGCAAAGGCGCCGGGAGGUAAGGGCUAAGCUAGCCAAGAAGAAGAAGAAGGUUGAAGAGCUCCAGAAGCGCCAGCAAGACCUGGAGGCUCAAGUCAAGCUGCUGGAAACUGAUGCUCAGUGUCGUCGCCAGAUGCCGUUCAAGGACUUUUGCAAGAAGUUUGCACGCCACUUGUCCCAAGUACAAGAGUUCCAGCGGAAGAUUGCAGCUUUGAAGCCCGCUUUUGACGAGGCGGAAGCCAAGAAAAAGAAGGAGCAUAUGAAUAUGUCGAUGGUGGACAGCCAAGAAAACCAGGAUCAAACACAACUGAAUAUUUCCAAAUACGUCUUGAAGACCCAGCAGACUCAGCCAAAGUCUCCGCAAAGCAAGGAGCAAGCCGUCACCGAGCCUGUGCGGAUCCGAGUCGAAUCGCAGCUUCCGGAAAACGAAGAAACUAUGCUGGAAAACCCAGAAGAUCGCGAGACGCUGCUUGCCACAUCUAUGCUGAGCAACGACAUCGAAGUGGCGUCGAAUGCAAGCGAAUGCCGACGCCGAUCUUUGGAGGAGGAAGAUGCGACCAUGGAUGAGAACGAAGGCAGCAAGCGCCUCGCCUCUCAACCACCCCCAGCGAGCCAACAUCGUGAUGGCGAUCAACAAAGAACCUCGCAACAACACAAGCCGAAGAUCGUCGUCAGGGUCGUGCAGGAUGAUGGGCACGAGGGAUCUUUUGAAGAAGAUCAGGCCAAAACGUUGCAACUCCAUUCGAAAAGCCAAGGCGUAUCGCAAGUCGGAAACAGUCAGCUCUCAAUGCCGGACAGUCAGCGCCAAAUGGCUAGCAACACGCAGGCCACAACUGGAACCGAACAACAAGAAUGUGAGGUGAUGGACGCGUCUCCAUUUGAUUUCGAUCCAUCCCCGGCGAUGGAUUUCAACGAGCAAGGUGGCGGGACGCAACAGGACGAAGACGCAUUCAUGUUUGACGGGAUCGGAGAUACAACCGCCGGGUUUCACAUGGAAGCCGUGGACAGCGUCGUCAAUAUGUCUGGAACAGAUGGGGCGGGCGAGCAAUUCCUGUCCUUCAUGCAAGACCACACCGGCCGUUCGGGCCAGAGCAAGAAUGAUGCCAAUGGCGAGGGCGGAAGUUUCUUAUUCGGAAGCGGUGCGGGAGCUGGCGACGGGGCUGAUUUUGACUUCGAUUUCGGAGGUGAUGGGACCAAUGCGGCCAACGGCAACGAUCUCAAUGGAACCUUCGACUUCAAUUUCGACGGGCAGGAUGGCGACCACGCGGACGGCGACAAUGGCAACAGCAGCUUCGGCCUCGGAUUU